GUCAGCGCAGCCCGGCGCUAUGGCAUCCUGCUGGGGCUUCGGGCUCUUCCUCCUCCUCCUCUUCCUCCUCCUCCCGGCUGGGAAGCGGCUGCUGCAGAGGAAGGGGCAGCCCUGACGGCCACACUCCCCUGGAAAGAGGCAGGCGGAGCCCCAGAAGUGGAACACAGUUUCCAGCUAAACGACAAAAUACGCUUAAGCUAUGGAGUCCAACCAGGAAACCUCACUCUUCCUGGUGAAGAUCUUGGAGGAGCUGGACACAAAGCAGAAUACUGUUUCUUACCAGGAUCUCUGCAAGUCACUCUGUGCAAGGUUUGAUCUGUCCCAGCUGGCCAAGCUCCGUAGUGUGUUGUUUUACACUGCUUGCCUGGAUCCUAAUUUCCCAGCGACUUUAUUCAAAGACAAAAUGCGAUGCACUGUAAACAAUCAGCAAUCAAAGAAAAUCAUGGUGGCAGCAGAUAUAGUAACGAUAUUCAAUCUCAUACAAAUGAACGGGGGAGUGGCCAAGGAGAAACUUCCAGUUGCAAGGCAGAAAGUGAAGAAGAAGGAGUCCUUUGAGUCAUGUAGGUCUGACACAGAGAUCUGCAACAUGGCAGAGUGUGUGCCCAACUGUGAGCUGAGUGAGCAGGACUUCAGCCAGGGCUUUGCAGUCAGAAGGUCUUCAAAAUGCAGGAAGAUGGACUGCAAAGACUGCCAGCAGUUUGUUCCCUCAUCAGAGCCCAACUUCUUGCUUGGAGUUAACAAGGAGAUGAAGGGCCGGGCUGCCUCUCUGGACAGGCUGCAGGCUCUGGCGUCCUACUCCAUCGCCACGUCUCCGCCGUGUGAGAUGCAGAGUACGUACUUCCCCAUGAACAUUGAAAAUGAAUCUAUUUCAGACCAGGACUCUUUGCCUAUAAGCACAGGCCUGAAAGAAACUUUCAUUUCAAAUGACGAGCCGUUUGUGAUGCAGUCGUGUGUCCAGAAAAGAAAUAUAUUCAAAGAAGAUUUUCAUAAUCUGAUUACAAUAUCUCCCAACUUAAUACCAUCCAACAAAAAGCCGGAAGAUGGACACAGAGAGCCUCAGAACAGAAAAGAAAGCUCUAAGCAGACUUUUUUCAACCACAGCUUUGAAAUGCCAUACAGCAGCCAGUACUUGAAUCCAGUUUAUUCUCCUAUACCAGAUAAAAGACGAGUGAAGCACGAAAGCUUAGAUGAUCUUCAAGCUUCAACGUAUUUUGGCCCAACGACUAUUCUUGGGCCCCAGGAUACCAAAAAGUGGACUGGAAAGCCAACCAAACAAACUGCCUGGCCAGCUAAAAGCUGGAGUUUAAAUACCGAGGAGGUACCUGACUUUGAACGAUCAUUUUUUAAUAGAAAUCAGUCAGAAGAGAAGCCACGGUACCAGAGCUCAAACAACCCAUCUCCAAACUUCCCUUCAGCUGACAGACAUCAGUCCUACCUAAAUCCAAAGGAUCAGCAACCCAUAAUGCAGACAAACUAUGCUGUGAAACAAAAUGGACACAAACCCAAGGAAAUUCCUUCCAUUCUAGAUGUGGAAAAGCACGAGCCAGUCAAAAAGUUUAAGGACAAAAGCAUUAAUUGUACUUCUGUUCAAAUCUUAAGCAUUGACAGAACCAUGAGUGUUGGAACACAGACGGAGCAGCAAGUCCUGGACCAUAAGAAAUGCAAGGAUUUGUGUGCGCCUGGCCAAGCCAAGUAUGCCGAGCGGCACUCUCUUAAGCACUCAGAUGAUGACUCUGAAAUUGUGAGUGAUGAUAUCAGUGACAUUUUCCGGUUUUUGGAUGACAUGAGUAUCAGUGGGUCCACAGGCGUGAUGCAGUCUUCGUGCUACAAUAGCACUGGUUCCUUGUCUCAGGUGCAUAAAUCAGACUGUGACAGCUCACCUGAGCACAAUUUGACUAAAAUCUCCAACGGGAGUGCCUGCAACAAAUUAGAUAAAGUGGUCCGGGCAGAUAUCAGUAACGUGGAUGAUGAACUGAAAACGAGCGUCUGCAAAUUAGUUUUGAGGAUUGGCGAAAUAGAGAAGAAACUUGAAUCGCUCUCAGGCGUCCGAGAAGAAAUCUCCCAAGUCCUGGGGAAAUUAAGCAAGUUGGAUCAAAAAAUUCAGCAGCCAGAGAAGGUCAGCGUGCAAAUAGAUCUCAACUCAUUGACAAGCGAUGCUGCGUCAGAUGAAAGUAACUCCCCACACAUAUUUCAGUGCCACAACACUCCUCAUGGAGGCAAGCUAGAGAACAAUCCCGAAUGGUGCUGUUCAGACGCCAGUGGAAGUAACAGUGAGAGUCUUCGAGUAAAAGCCUUAAAAAAAAGUUUAUUUACUAGGAGGUCAUCAAGAUCAUUAACAGAGGAAAAUAGUGCAACUGAAUCCAAAAUAGCAAGUAUUUCAAACUCUCCUCGAGACUGGAGAGCCAUUACUUAUACCAACAAAGUUGGCAUCACGGAAGAGGAGAUGAAAGACAGAGAUGGAGGAGAAAACAAGGACUGGCACAGGAAAUCUAAAGAGGCAGACAGGCAAUACGAAAUCCCACAGCCACAUAGACUCCCCAAACAGCCAAAAGAUGCUUUCUUGAUUGAACAAGUCUUUAGUCCUCAUCCUUACCCUGCAUCACUCAAGUCACACAUGAAAAGCAACCCACUCUACACAGACAUGAGGUUGACAGAACUGGCUGAAGUGAAACGCGCCCAGCCGUCGUGGACCAUAGAAGAAUACACGAGGAAUUCAGGGGAUAAAGGCAAGAUCGCAGCGUUGGAUCUACAAACCCAAGAAUCUUUAAACCCGAACAACUUGGAAUACUGGAUGGAAGACAUUUAUACUCCUGGCUACGAUUCCUUGUUGAAGCGCAAAGAAGCCGAGUUCAGAAGAGCAAAGGUGUGCAAGAUAGCUGCCCUGAUAGCGGCGGCCGCUUGUACGGUGAUCCUGGUCAUUGUAGUUCCCAUUUGCACAAUGAAAUCCUGAACCCGCGGACGGAGCCGUGACUGCAGCUGUGCGCAUCUCAGAUGGCUCAUUCCGUGUUUCAGACACCCGGUGGCAAAACUGUAAAGGAAUUUGCUAAGGAGGAAUGCUCUGAGGAUGUCCUGGUGGUGGAGAAUGCCGUAAACGCAGACGGGACGCAAAGCGAUGAGAGAAGAUGUUUUUUUGAGAAGUAUGAUUUUACAUAACGGUCCGUGUGUGUGGCAGAGCUGAUGGAAACUCGGUUCGAUUUUUAUGCAUUUUUAAAAGUGCAAUAUUUUUUUUUUCCUAAAGAGACAAUAUGAUGUUUUCCAGAAUCAGAGACUGAUGAGAAUCCAGCUAAAGGGCAAGGUUGUCUGAGCUAUGUUGCAUUCAGUGGAGGUGUGAGUACCUGCAGGUAGCACUGUAUAGAAGGGAAUGUUCUAUAUGCAUUACAUCAGGGAGCUACAAAGGUCUUAAAGCUCUCUACAAUGUAGAAAACUAUGAAUGUAUUGUAUUUAUUUUAUAGUAUUUAUGUAUUUCAUGAUCAUCUGACUGAAAGCAGACUGUGUAGCCAUGAACAGAGUUCAUUCCUAUGUUCAGAUUAAAAAGGGCUCUUUACAUCUGGUCUUGCCCUAAGACCCGCUAUCAUCACUGAGUACUUAGAUAAGUGCAAUGUGCUGCAGACCAAAAAGAUUAUGUUCUAAAGCAAUCAAAAGAGGUUUCAGUUGCUUCUGUUGAAUAACAUUUGCAUAGAGCUGGCAAACAUGCCUUGCCGAAAGGGUAUUCUUUACCUCCGCAGACAGUGGAAUUGUCUCAAUUUCACUCCAGCCAGCAAGCAAAGCUGGCAAAUCCAAGCAACAGUCUGCUAAAGUUCUUGCAAAUGUAAUCUGAACAGUUAUAAUUUUGUCACAAAGUCUUUGUGCCUUUUUUUAGACUGUAGAUUAAAUAGAACGGUUUAAUUUUGCUAUUUUAAGCCCAUAACAUAAAUCAUGGCAUAAUGGGUACUAAUGGAGCUGCUUUUCCCGCAAGCCUUCUAUACAGUUCAGAUUGCUCUUCAAAUUGCAGGGCUGGUGGUUACUGAGCACUUAUAUUAAGGGCACAGUUUUUCAGCACUGGUGGAAACUUGCUGUUAAUGCAAUGCGUUCAGCGCAGGGAGCCCUUCUGCUUCCCUAGUGCUAAUGUACUUAAGAAUGAUGGUUGACUCUACUGGGCAGCAAGAAGUCUGUAGCCCCAUGAGAAAUAUCCAUUUAAUGCUUUAUCCCAAAUGCACAUAGCAGGUUAAAAGGAAUUCUCAAGCUAUGAUAGAAACUCCCUGCCAUGGUGUAAGUAAAUACCCGGACAGUAUUUCUCUUCUGUCACAAAUGGGGGAAAAAAAUAUCUAAAAAAAAAAAAAGUAUUUUCAAGAAUUAAUGUGAUCUUGCUGGUCCUCUAAGGGGAACGAGAUCAUUUUAGUGAAUGCUCCUUGUGGAAGGUAAUUUGGCUCCUUCAUGCCAUGUAGUAGCUGUGAGAGCAGCCCCUGCCCAUCCCUCUCUGGGUUGAUGGGAUGCACAGCCUACACCAAAACCCCCACCUCCUGGUGCAAUCCUGACCCAAAUCCUAUGUUUUUUUUUUUUUCCCAUUCCUAUACUAAGAUAUCUCUUUCCUUCCAGGUGCUGCAGGAUGGAGUCACAGUAGGCAGGGAAUAAUUCACACCGUCUAUUCUGGGCUCCCCUUAGGCCUUCUAUCACCGUGUGAUUCAGAGCACCUAUGUUUAGGAGCUCAGCUUCCAUAUGUAGUAAAUAUAGGCAGGUAGAGUAACCCCCAGGGAUGUUUCAGAACUGCCAGCAAGAUGUCUAAUUUUAGACAUGUGAAUACUCUCCGCAGGGCCAUUGCUCUGCAUUUUACCUUAUGCACAAUUUAUGUUGAUUGUUAGAUGUAGAAAUCUCACUGGUUCCAGGUAGCAACAGGAAGCCCUAAUGCCAUUUGUUGGCAUCAAGAAAUUUUUGCAUUAGGAACAUCAAAUAUCCUGAGGAUUUGGGAGGAGAUGGAGUCAUGAACCUAAGAGCUCAGCAUCCCAAGUACCCCUAAUUUACGGAGGCGCUUUUGCCCAUCCUCCCACUGUGCACAGGCAACUCAUCCCACUGAGGCAGCAGUUUCCCUGCAUGCCAGCAGGCAUCGUUUGGCACAAAUCCCUCAUUUGAGCUCCAUUUGGCUCCUGCAGUGUCUGGGAGCAUCUCAGCAGUGCUGGGAGCCCAUGGGCAGUGGGGAAGGCAGCGCCCGGCUCCACCUCCAUGCUCCACAAAUACCUCCGGGAGCCGCCACCUUGCCUUCCCUUAUAGGAAAUGGGCAUCCCCAGGCAUCCCCUAUGGAAAAUGGGCAUUCCAAGUCUUCUCAUUGAGUUCCACAUCUUUGCUUAAAAUAGGUAAAGGUGGUGCAGUGGUGGCUGCUGCUGCCGGAGGAGAGCAGCCCAGGAAGGAGGGACCUUUCAGCCCUGCACAGAAUGUAUCAAACAAGGGGAGGUCCUACAAUAGCAACCCGUGAGAGUAUUGCGGUUGACCUUGUGAACCAGUUAUCAACUCGUAUAUGCUGUGUACUACAUGAUAGACUUUUGUAUUUAAAAAAGAAAAAUAAAUUAAAGCUAUAGGUACAUUGUAAUCCUUGGUGUGAUUGAAAAAAAAAAAAAAAAGUGUCCUAGAUUGUAUUAUUUAAUUAAAACUAUGAUGAGCAUAUUGAACUGUUUUUCGUAUUUAUGCCUUAUAAACUUGAUAUAUUACACAUGAUAAAAUGCAACUGCAAGAAUUAUAAAAAUAAAUAAAUAAAUAGUAUUCUGGGGGCGAAUCCUGUUAACUUUUCCUAAAACAGGAGAGCUGCAGAAAUCAGCUCCAUCAAUCAUAUCUGUAGAAGAGCAAGAACAGAAUCUGUCCCCAAAUGACUUUUUAGGAUUUUUUUUUUUUUUAAUGGGGCUUUGGUUAAUGUACUAUGUAAUAAUUUUGUUUUAUAAAGUAACUGUACAAUGUUGCCUUUUGGUUCAUUUAAAUAUAAUACCAAAUAAACUUGAAAAUUACAGCGUCCCAAGUUUUAAUGAAGCAGUUACAGUAAUUUAUUACCCCAUUGCUUCUCCUCUUUCUCUUUUCCAGGGACAUCAAGAUAGCCAUGGGAUGCGAGCAUCGCAGUGUUAGAUAACUAAACACCCUAUCUGGUUCUUGGCGGAAUUGCUAAUGGAUUUCUCACUUGUGAAAUAAUAAGAUGGCAGGAGAUAAUGAAAAAUGAGUUUGUUGGGUUUCUUUUAAAAUCUCCUUUGCAUUACACUGUCUGAGCUUUCGGGAGAUUAGCUCUUGACACUAAUCAUAAUAUUUCAUUUUGUAGGUUAUUUCAUGACUGAGUUAUGCCAUAUCAACUGUUCUAACAAGGUCAUGGCUAAUAUUUUGGAAUCUAUUUCCUUUAUGUGUUUAUGCAACCGUUGUUCCUUUUGUGUCAGUACAACAGGUAGCUAUGUGCAGUCACCUAUCAGCAGGAGAUUUGUUUGCUUAGGAUCCCCAUAUGAAUUUAAUUUGUUGCUUUUCACUUGCUAAUUGCAAAACGACGUUUAAAAUUCCAGGUGUUGCAACUACAAGUAAUCCAGCAUCAGAGACUGCAAAGAGGAGCUGCAGAAAAGACGACCUAUGUAAAUGGUGAACAAUGACAGGAAACACAGUAGGAUGAGAUCCUGAUUUCCUCAUCUCUGCUGCAUAAACCCCUUUUAUGUAUUGCUUUAGCAGUCCUGUUGAGGAUGGGGCUGUUGAGUUCUCUGUGUGGGGUUCUCCUUGGCCAUGGGUUGGGCUGUAAACCAGCACAAGUUCCCUUGAGAGGGACUAUCCUUAUUUUGGGGGAUUGUAGCAUGGACUCACAUCAGUUUCAGACUUCUCUCUUGUACCUAUCAAGUCCAGAAGAUUACAGGUGAAAGCACCCUCUGAAUUUUUAUUUUAUAGUGCAAAUCCAGGAAUAGGAACUGUCAUAAAGAUGCUAAAUGUAGCCACUCUCAUGCCAAAAAAGGUCUCUGUCUCUAGUUCCUUAGCCAAGAAACUGAAUGUAUGGGAUAUAUAGACCUUAUUGGUGUCAUCGUUGUGCUGGAAGGCCAGGAGGCUGCCAAGUUUCUGCAGCCAUUGCUGGAAAGAGUCUCUGAGUCUCGAGGUAGAAGGAAGCUCUCAGUGCAAUGCUGUAUCUUCCACAAGGACACAGCCCCAUGCAAUCUCUGCCUCUGUGAGUGUAUUGCUCACACCAAUCAAUUGUCCUGGUUGAAUAAAUUCUUUAUUUCAAAGAGAGCUACGGUGAAUGGUUCUGCCUGAGUCACAAAUGAAAUAUUGGAUCUCUGGGCCAUAUUGACUCACAGGGCUCCUGUGACUCCAUCACACUGAAUCCACAGACCGAAGAAGAGAAAGCAGCCCACAGCCCAGAAUGUCUGCCACGUGGUCCUAUUUAAAAGAAAGGUCAGUUGUGUUGGAGUGCACUUUGGGAAAAGGCAGGUGUCUGUGGGAGUAAUUGUAAAGAUGAGAUACUUCCUUUAAUCUGAUAUUUUCUUUGUUAUGUUUUCAGGAAAGAGCAUUAUGCCUUAAAAAAUGCUGUUCUGCCAAUAAUCCCUACAGGAAACUUUGCUUCUGAUGACUGCAGAGACCACAGACUGCUCAGUCUCUCACUGUUACACAAACCCUCACCUUGCUUAGAAACUGGAGCAACUCCUCAAAAAAAAAAAAAGAAAAAAAAAAAAGGAAGAAGCAAGCUAUCAGCAGCCAAGCUCCUCCUUUUUAAGUAAGUUCCUUUUGAUUUUUAUUUCCUUCUGUAUGGUCAAACUGUCUGUGAGAGUCACAGAGGCCUUCCAAAAGCAACAGUGCACUCAUCCUUCCCAAGGCUGAUAGGUGGAGAUAUUCAAGGAAGCCUCUUGAAUAGUCCUGGAUGUGUCCAGCUGAAGAAAGCAGGUGAAGAGGCUUGUGUGGUUCCCUGCUGGACCAGAGUGGUUGUCCAUGAAACUUAAUGCAUUAUAGGGAUGAGGAAAUGACGGGGAGUAUGUAUGGAGAUACAGUUGCUGCUUAGAAUGGAGGCUUUUGGAAAUGAAAUGUUCUGUGGCAGCUUCUUCCCAAUUAUCCAUCCCUAGUCCUGCUUUCCCUGCCCUCCCGAGUCUGUGGAUUUUGGGAGCUCUCCUUGUCCCGUUGAUGUGAUGGGGCUGGCAGCCAAAAGAAGGUACAGAAUUGGAAUUGGAGUCUCCUCUCACUGACUCCCAAAACAUCGUGGGAGCCUGGAAAUCAUGGAGCUAUGAAGAUGACCCCUAUUAACUUUAACACUGGGCUUUAUGGAGGUUGCACUUCUACACCACUCUCUACAAACAGAAGACUGAAAACUGAUUUAGCUUAUUGAGGACAAAAAUAAAUGGGUGAAACCUAUUAGGUAAGAGUGUGUAGUUCUGAUUUCUGGUGCUUAAAAAAGAAAUGCCCAACUCUGCUAUUCACGGGAUGAAUAUUCUCUGCUCUGUUCUCCAGUACAAGCUGUGCUAUCCAAACACUGUUCCCAUCACACCCUGGGGCUCCAACCCAUGCCUCCCUUGGCCAUGGAAGGUGUACCAAAAAGGUGUACUCUGUGCCAGUAGAAAGGGAAUAGAGGGAAUUACCUGUCCUGAAAAAGCCCUCCCUGGGAGAAGGACAGGAGAAAUGUGCAUUAUUCUGCCCAGCCCUGGAACCGAUGGGCAGUCUGCUCCCUGCUGAAAAGCUUUGCUGUGAGUUCUGCUUUAGUGACAGACAAAUCUCUGUCCGCACUGCUGGGCUGAUGUGUUACCUGCAGUAGAACAAAUCUUCGUUGUUCUGAGUGUUUUUCCCCAUGCAAAGGUGAGGGGAAAGGGGAGGGCCAAGGGGGCUGAGUCAUUUGUAUUCCUGCCUUGUCUUGCUAAUGAAAUAUUGCUGCUGAACUUUACCCUGCCUUUCCUGUUACCUUUUUUUUUUUUUCUUUUUGCAAUGGUUACCUUUUAAGAGGCUCAUAAAAUUGCGUUACAAAAAUUUAUGACUGUGCAGUGAAUGUGUGCAAGUGUAUUAAUUCUCUUCAAGGCCAGUGUCUCGUAGCUGUAAAAUUAAUGUUAUGGUGUGAUUUCUAGUACGGCUAAUUGCUAUUCAGUAAAGCAGCACUCUGUGUUUUCUCACCUUAUGGCACUUAAUUCCUUCAAACAGCCUUUCCACGGGGAGUUUCCCAGGUAACUGUCAACAAAGGAUAUCUGCACAGUACCUCUAUAUUGGAUAUUAGGAGAAAUUUCUCGGAGUGGUGGUGCAGUGGCUCAGGCUGCCCAUGGAGGUGGUGGAGUCACCAUCCCUGGAGGUGCUCAAGAAAUGUGUAGAUGUGGCACUGAGGAACAUGGUUAGUAGGCAUGAGUUAAUGGUUGGACUAGAAGACCUCAGUGCUCUGUUCCAACCUUGAUGAUUCUAUGAUUCUAAAUAAGUAUUUUUCUACGUUAAUGCGAUUGAAGCAUUGACAAUGUUAUGAGCUUGUUCAGCUGGGUUUGAGCUCCUUUGGAUGGGGUUGGUUGAAAGGUUUAAAAGCAGACAUCUCUGAAUGCAGCGGGUUAAAAACGUGCCUCUUAACCAUGGCUAAACUGUGCACUGUUUGAAAGCAACUGAAAAACAAUAGGUCAAUAAAAGCUCCGAUCACUUGAAAUUACCUACAUCUAUCCUUACGUUUUCUUACUAAUUAGAAAAAAUCCUUUCUUGCUAGAAGGGUGGACUGGUAUCUGUAUCCUUACUAAUUGAGAAAGAUGUGCUAAUCUCUUAUUCCAGCUUGAAAACAGAAUAAAAGGCAACAACUAAUGAUGAGGAGUUGCUUGUGUACUGGAUGAGCAGAGCAGGUUGAGGAACAAUCUAAGAGUGAUGGGAUAAGAAUUCACAAGGGAUCCAUCACCACUUGCUGUCAUCUUCAAGGCUUUGUUUGACAGACACCAUUAAAACUGUGCUCAUCGUUGUGGUACAAUGGGCAUGUGGGUUAUGGAAUGACCAGUAUCUUUGUUGUCUGUCACAAACACAACCCUGACCACUUGGGACUCAAAGAGAAAGUGUGAAGUGUUGAGGUACCAAAAUCUAUUGGAGCUCAAGGGAAGGGUGGUGAAAUCCAAAUUAUCAUAUAGACUAUUUUGAGUAGGAAGGAACACAUAAAGACUAUUGAUUCCAGCUCCUGGGUGGGAUAGAGGGACUGUUGAGGGGAAAGGCAAUCAUGUGCAAGCUCUCAAGGCAGCACUGUAUGCCUUACAUGUUUUGGGAUGCAAUGUUUGAUCUCCAUGGGCUUUCGCUUUGUGCCAGUUAUUCCCUGUGUGACUCCUCGGGCUCUUUCUUGGAAUGGAGAAUUUCCCUCACCUUCUGUUUCUGAAGUGCUGAGGAAAAUGGGGGCCAGAUAUGGGCUGAGAUAUCUUACAGGCAUUAAUGCUUAUAAUGGCAUUAUUGUUAUCAUAGUUACAGCCAAAUCUGUAGCUCUGGCAGCAAGCAGCGAUGCAGCACCUGGGAGGUGCUUGGCUCUGCUUGUCAAAGUGUUCCAGUACCAUGAAAGUGAUGAAUGACACCAGGAAAGCAUUUGGGGAAGGAGAGUAGAGGAAGCACAAUGCUCUGCUGGGUGGUGGUGUGGGGAGGGCAGGAUUAGCGCUGCAGGAGCCAAGCAGGCAGCAAGCAUCUGCUCAGGGCCACCCAGAUCAGAGCACAAUGGGAACAAGAAAUCCUUGGACUGCUUAUCAAGGAGCUGGGAAACUCCAGGAUACUGUACUCAUGGGGGAUUUUUACUACCCAGACAUCUGCCGGGUAACAAAUGCAGCUAAUCAUGGAGAUAAUGUACAGCCCUAAUUCACUAUAAAUUCUCUCCCAUAUGUUUAGAAUUGUAUUUACAGUAGGGAGGGAGCGAUGGUUAUUCAUGAAUCAAGGUGAACUGGGGAGCCGGUGCAGAGGUUGGCCGUAUAUUGUGGGAAACACUGUGUGACAAGCUGGAGCAGAAUCCCUCUGAAAGCGGGGAUGUAUUUCUGAUAUUCUAAGAAACAAACAUUUCUGUAAUUACUGAUUGCUGUGACACGUGCUGAUUGAACUCUUCAUUUCUCAGGAACCUCUGCUGACCUUGAGGCACAAGCUCACAGGUGGACGAAAUCUACCUCCUACAGCUCCGUUCUGCUGAUUAGGAGGGUGAAAAUGAUUAAGAAGGAGCCCAUGUUUGUGCCGCUGGUGAGAGAUGGAUGGGUCAGAUUACUCCACCCCACCCACUGCAUCAGCAUAUGUCCUUGCCAUUGCUGUCCCCCAUUUCUGCCUGCCCUGUCUGCUUCCUGCUGGAAACCCGUCUGCAGAGCAGAAGGGCUGAGAUAACAACCAGCUGUGAGCGAGGCUGUCUGUGCUCAGCUCUUGGUGGUCCGGUGCGUCAGGAGAGGACUGGCUUGCUGGGAGGAUGGGGAAAGCAUCGUGAGUGAGGGGGGGGAACCACCUGGCCACGUUGGCUCUUGCUUUGGACCGAGGAAGGAUUGGUGAAUUGCAGUUUUUUAACAUGUGCUGAGCUGUACAUAAAUGCCUAGGGCAGGAGCUUUUUUUUUCCCUCUAAAACAUUAAUUGAUUAACUUUCCCCUGUUCUUCCACCAAUGUUUUUCUAAGAGCAUUUUUAGUGUUAUUGAUUUUUUUUUUUUUUUCCCCUGUAUAUUUUCAAAGAAGUAGAGAGAAAAUGAGAGCAAUUACUCUAUUUUCUGGAAGAAAUAGGCAAAACAGGAAAAUCAAUGCCUUCUAAACUUUCCUGGACAAGGGUGAAAUUCUCGUGCUAUUGAAAUCCAAGCUCCCAGCCCUUCUGCAGAGUCAGAAUGCCACUCCAAACCCCCUGCAGUGAACCUGCACUCUGUGCUGUGGGGACCAGCAUUCAGUAGGGAGAGACAGUCCUCAGAUCCAGCUGCCUUUAAGGCAUCACACACCCCUGGGCUCCAAUAGGACCAGACCACGUAGAUUUGAUGUUGGAGACCUCUCUGGUCAAGUUCUCCCCUCAGACACACGCACAGAGCUCACGGUGUGGAAACUUCUCCUAGGUAACUAGUGAGGAUGAGAAUCAACUCCUUUAAGUUGCAACGGGGGAGCUUUGGGUUAAAUAUUAGGAAAAGUUUAAUCUCAGAAGGAGUGGUGCUGCAUUGGCACAGCUGCACAGGGAGGUGGUGGAGUCACCAUCCCUGGAGGUGCACAAGAACUGCGGGGAUGUGGCACUGAGGGAGGUGGGCAGUGGGCACGGUGGGGGUGUGCUGAUGGUUGGACUGGGUGGUGGUCUUUUCCACCAGUUUGUUUGUUUGUAAUCAAACGUAUUCCUUACAAGCUCUGUCAGGGCCUUAUUGAUUUCCUUACAGCUCCAGUACUGAUACUGUGAGCUCUCACAGCGCCCGCGGUCACCCAUACUCUUCUUCUUCCCUUCGCCACAGACCUGCUGGAUAGAGACAACGUUUGUUGAAACAUUUUACAUUGAAGUUAAUACUGAUGGUGGGAGGACGUCACAGCAGCGCAAGUCAAAAUGUGCAGGGAGUGGGGAAUCUUGAUGGAUUUGAAAGGAGCACUUUAGCCUGUGCAUGGGAACACGUCCGAUGCCAUUAUGUGUUAAUGGAUAUGAUUUAUUUCAGGGAAAAGAGGAGAAGAGAACCCAGACAAAUGUAGAACCGAUGAUGUAUAGGUAACAGCACUCUUUGGAAUAUAAAUACAGACAAACAGCAUAUUUGUUGCCGAUGGUGCAAUGUUCUUUCAGAUAAUAAAGCCAUUUUGUAACUAUU